AUGAUACUACUUGCGGGUCUUGCACUUCAGAAAGCGACGCAGUAUCUUCAACAUCUCCAAACACUUGCUCACCUAAAUGUACAGUUGGCUCAAACGGCUGCGCAACUUGCACAGAUGCUACUACUUGCGGAUCUUGCACUUCAGAAAGCGACGCAGUAUCUUCAACAUCUCCAAACACUUGCUCACCUAAAUGCACAGAACGAAUUAGCGUUUCCACUAUUUUAAAAUGAUUUUCAAAUUUAAUUCAUAAUUUUUUAGAGGCAAUGCACAGCUGGCUCAGACGGCUGCGCAACUUGCUCAGAUGCUACUACUUGCGGGUCUUGCACUUCAGAAAGUGACGCAAUAUCUUCAACAUCUCCAAACACUUGCUCACCAAAAUGCACAGCUGGCUCAAAUGGCUGCGCAACUUGCACAGAUAGCACUACUUGCGGGUCUUGCACUUCAGAAAGCGAUAUAG